AACGGCAAAGCAAGCACUUUCUAACUGACGACCAACUUGAGAAACGGAUAAGACUCGGUACUCUGCAAAGACAUAUAAAAGAAAUGUCCUCAGAUGAAGAGGAACCAACCAGUCCUGUCCUACCCAAAGACUCAGACCGAGGCAGCUCUGUGUCCUCUGAACUUCAGGAUGAGUAUGAGGAGCUCCUCCGCUAUGCUGUUGUCACCCCGAAGCUUGACACACUCACCAACGUUCAACAGAAGCAGCUGAGCACCUCACAUCUGUCUGCAGGGGGUCGGACUUCCCUGAGUAAAGAUGACACAAAGUCACAGCACCAAGAUGAAGAUAAAGAUGGGAGGCAUUCUAGCAGGAGCUUGAGAUCAUCACAGGUCUCCCCGUUGAUUGUUGAGCCCUCUACAAGUUCAAAAGCCUUUCAUGCUGACAAGAGGGGAGGCCAGUCAUCUAGCAGGGCGUCACUGUUCUCAGACGCUCCCUCAGACAGGUUACAGGUGACGUCUGGAAGGUCUAGGCCAAACAGCCCGGACCCCCUCGAGUUUGCUGUGACAGAGAUGUUUAUUUCAGAGGAGAACUUAAACAAGAUGGAGAAUAUUCUGAACACAUGGAGCAAUAAUUUGAAGUCAAAUGUGCUGACUGAACUACGAAAGUGGAAGUUGGCGUUCAUGGAGCAACACAAGAUGGAGAUAAUGAAGGAGCGGGAGAGGCAUGCCACCCAGACAGCUGGCCUGAAGUCAGAGCUAAAUAGCCUAAAGGAGCUGCUGCAAACCUAUGAGACUUCCAACAAGAGAAAAGAUGAGGUGAUCGGGAACCUGAGUCAGGUGUUGGACAGACAGAAAGACAAGCUUGAAAAGAUGAGGGCGUUCACCCACUGGAGACUUCAGCACACUGAGGCCAAAGAAGAGGCUCAUGCGUUUCAGGUAGCGCGGCAGCACUACAAUUUGCAGCUGAAGAAGAAGGUGUGGCUCGGCUGGCACUCUCUGGUCCAGAAACACUGGAAGGUCAAAGUGGAGCGAGCUUGCCGUUCGAGGGCCGAAGAGGUCUGCAGCCAAAUGUCUUCAGAGUAUGAGGCCAAGCUUGCUGAGCACUGCGAAGCUAUCGAGAAGGCCCAGGCAGAGAUCCGGAGACUACGAUUAGAGCGAGAGCAGUAUGAGGAAUCUAUGAAGAAAGCCUUCAUGAGGGGUGUAUGUGCUCUCAACAUGGAGGCGCUCAGCAUGUUCCACUCUACAGACGGACGGUCAGAACAACCUCCAGUUCAUGAUCCUCUACCUUCUCAGGAUGAAGCUGGCUCUGCUACACUAGCUCAGCUUCAUCCCUAUACCACCUCGUCAGCACGUUUCAGUCCAGUCCACUUAGACCACCCAGACCCUUCCCACAGUGAAGCAGAUGAUGUGGUGGGCUCUGGUCCGGCUAUGUCACAGGAAGAAGUACUCCCUGCCACUACAGUGGUGCACAGCUCACUCCCUCUUGGUGGCAUUUCAAGUUCCCACAAACAGGUCAGCGGUCGUAGCAUCACAGCAAGUCAACAAAAACCAUCAAAGACUGUAAUGGCUCGCAUCACUGCACGCGCUGAUGUUGGAAAGGCGGCACGCAGCAACCUCCAGGUGAUGGGAGUGGCUCCGCCCAUGAGCUCUGUGAUAGUCGAACGCCAUCAUCCCGUUACACAGCUGACCAUUGGACAGGCCACAGCUGCCAAAUUUCCUCGCUCCACCCAGCAAAGCCACACGUCCACUGGAGGCAAAGGCUCAUCGAGAACACAAACCAGCACGUGCCAUGUACACUCCAUCAAAGUAGUCGACUGAUUACACACACAUUUCACACAAAGUGUAGCUCACCUAGUCUAGAUUUAAGAUUUAACAUAUUCUAUGCAACAAUCCUAUGAAUUUCUACUUUGAAAUUAAUUUAAAGUCCAUUUUACUUUGAGACUUUGAAAUGAUUUUGACUUCCCCUCUUCUUUUCAGUUUCUUUCUUGACUGUGAAAUGUACAAUUUCCUGAGCAGUACGGUUUUCUCAGGAGAGUUCUGCAUAGCCAGGUGUUGAGAACUGCAUAUGUAAAUGUUUUUAAUUGUUACAGACAGAACAGAGUUUAGAAUUGCAAAAUGGACAUUUAUUUCCUAUAAAAAAAUGUACUUGUAAAUUAUGCACAGUGACAGUGAGCUGUAAUUUUUAAAAUCACACUUACUUGUGUAUUGAUCCAUGUUGCGGUGACUAUCCAACACCAACGUUGUUUACUUUGCCUUGCCAAAGCUGUAUCCUAAUGAUCUGAUGUUAUUUUUAAAAAUAAAUUAUUUUACUACCUUCCUGGA